UUUGUUUUUUCUACCCAAAAACAAAAACUAUAGCUCCCGUUUUCCCAAACCCAACGAAUCAGCAACUGGUCCAUUUUCCACUCCCUUCUUUUUCACUUUCCUUCUUUCUUCUAUUUUGUCUCUUUUCCUUUUCUUCCCUUUUUCAAACUCCCAAAUCCCCUCUUUGCUGGCCUUGAAUUAGCAUCUUUCUUUACAAAUCCAAAUUACCGUUAUCAUUGCCCACUAUUGAUUGCUGCUCAUUUCGCUUGGUCGCUGUCGAUUGAGGUGGGCUUUUGUUCUUAGCUAUGUCCAUCUAGCUACUUGGUUUCUUGAAGAUACUCACGGGUCUUCCAUGGCCUCGCUUUAAAUCCAAACUCGCAGGAAACGGUCCGGAGAGGAAGGGAGGCCAGGACGAUCCUCGAGGUUCUGAGAGAGCAAAUGGACGACGGCGAUGCGGCGACGGCCGGGAGGAGGAGCUUCAAGCAGCGGCUGAGAUUGACCGGAAUCGGGUGCUGCGGCGCCGUCUGGGGAUUUGGACGGACGGCCACGAUUACCGUCGAGGACGAUGAAGAACAGCACCUACAUCCGCCGCAACAACAACCGCGGCAGCAGCUGCCGAACCUAUCGCAGCUGCUGAUUCUGGGGCAGGCGGCCGGGUCCGAUUCGGAUCCGGGUUGCCUGGGUCCGGUGAACCCCGGGUCGGGGAUGAACCUCGCCGCGGCUCUGGCGGCGGAACGGCAUUAUCGGGAGGCGGACGAGGCCGCGUCGGGCGUUGGGGCGGCUCCGGGGACGCCGAUGAGGGUGUCGCUGAUGAGAUUGCUGGAGGAGACGGAAAUGGACGGGUGCGAUGCGGCGGAGGAGAAAAAUGAGAAAGCGGCGGCGGCGGCGGCGGCGACGGGGGUGGUGGGUUGUGAUUCGGUGUGCUGCGUGUGCAUGGGGAGGAAGAAAGGCGCGGCGUUCAUACCAUGUGGGCACACUUUUUGCAGGGUGUGUUCGAGGGAGGUGUGGCUGAAUCGAGGCUCCUGUCCCCUCUGCAACCGUACGAUCCUCGAGAUUCUCGAUAUCUUCUGACGAGCAUGGAGAUUCGCGCCGCCGUGGAAUUCAGGGACGACGAUGACGGGGACUGUUGUUGAAACUUUUGAAAGGUGUAGUAGUAAUAUCGUCAUCUUCUUCGUUUUACAGAAAUUUGAUUUGAUUGUCCUCAUUGUACCCAAUAUGAUAUGUUUAUGAAUGUAGUAGUGUAAUUUUUACUCUAUUUUCUCUCUCGACUUGAGAAUUAAAACGAAGCUGAAUUGAUGCACUAUUGUCUCGUCAA